AUGGGAUUCAUCCUAAAUAACACACGACACAUCAAUUUUUUUCAAUUUUCCUCAACUUCCAUCUUAUUUCAAAAAUUACAUCCGGUGUCAAACAACAUCAUUCAAGAAAUAUGUUUAACUUACGAAAUACGUUUACCGAACAAUUACACGGCAUUAAAUGGAGAUUUAGAAGUGAUCAUAAUCGGACUUCAUCGGGAUUAUUCGGAUACAAACGUACAAUUAGAAUUGUUACAAGUUGAAUACGUUAGAAGUGAAAAUAAUAAAAAAAAAAGAAAAGCGGAUGUCAGGGAUAUCGAAAUCGAACCUUCCUUCCAUAAUAGUGCAUUAAUUAAAUUUCUCGAUACGAGAAAUCGAUCUUCGAUUAUUUUAAAUAAUCAAACAAACGAUAAACAUUUCGAUUAUGGAAAAACGCUUAAAUCAUCAUCAUCAUCAUCUUCGUCGAAAGUAAUCAACGAUUCCGGACAAAGUGACAUACCUAAAAUAAAAGUUGAAAAAAAAUGGAAAGUGAUAAGCGCGGCGGAUGUACCUCAAAAGGGUGUCGGUGGUGGUGGUGAUGAUGAUAAUAAUAAUGUAGUUAAAGUUUUUUUUUCGUAUAACGAAGAGGAUUUGAAAAUAGAAGAGGUUGAAUCGAAUCUAUCAAUCGUGGGUUUAGACGUUCGAUGGCCUCCGUCGAUUCUUUCGAUAUCUCCACGUCAUUUAGAAACUUAUCCGAACGUGUCCGUAACGGCUUUACUCCAAUUUACACCCACUAAAUGUUCUCCAAUACAAGGUUCUCCAGUUCCAGAAACGUGGUUGGAUCUUAUUUUUUGCGGUCAUUCUUUGAUCGGAUGUUCUCAUAGGAAUUCAUCUCAUCAUCAGGUAAUUUAUUCUGAACAAAUUCGUGGUUAUCCAAAAAGAAGAGUCGUUGUUUUAAGAUGCGAAUUAUUUGGAACUGCUGGAUAUUUUCUUUUAUCUCUAAGAUCAUCCGUACACACGGGAACCAUAAUCGAAACAAAUAAUAAAAACGCUCACUUGAAGGCCGUUUGGAGCGAACAAUACAUAUUUAAUGUUUAUGCGAGGAGUAUAUUUCCAUGCGACGUACACGGCGGUGGAGUUUCUGUCCUUUUUCAAUAUCCUAAAUGCAUAUUAAACAACGACAGAGUUCGUUUGUUUUAUCGUGCGAGAGCGGAAGUGUCGUCACUCGUACCACCGACGACUCUUCAUUACGUCACAGAACAAAGGAUAAUCAAAGGAAAAUAUAAUUUGCAAUUCGAUUGUGAUUAUUUCAUGGAAAAAUAUUUGGAAUAUUGUUUCGUUUACGUUUCUCAAGCCAUAACCGGUGCCGUUUCUGACGUCAGAAUGGAUUGCGUACCGACUUUACCGAUUUACGAUUCAAAUCCGGGAAAUUGGGGACCUUGGAAUCCAUGGUCUGCGUGCACGACAACUUGCGGUAGUGGUACCAGAAAUAGAUUUAGAUAUUGUGACUCACCACCACCUAAAUACGGUUCGAAAUUUUGCGAGGGUCCAUCCGUUGAAACUGAGAAAUGCGGAAACACGGAUUGGGAUUGCGAAUUUUAUCAAAGUUAUUCUUCAUUGAAUUCAGGAAAUCAAGGUUUAGAAUUUCCGGCAAAUAGACCGGAAGUUGUUGCUGAAGUCGGUCCCGGUUGUCGUUGCGGUUGCGUCAUUCAUUUGGGUGCGGCAAAACCUCGAAGAUUAUUAGCGACAUCAUCUCAAAGUUGUCCCGGAAGGAUAUUUUGGCAAAUUGAGGCGGAUAAAGAACACAGAAUUAAAUUUUCCGUCGAACACUUUAGAUUUCCAUGUGGAUCCCAAUGGUUAAAAAUUCGAGAUGGAGAUUCUCGUUCUGCUACCCUCAUCGGAGAAUUAUCUAGAUCUCACGUGUCUUCGGCUCCUGUUGUUUCUUCCGGUUCGAAACUUCUCGUAGAAUUUUUUUCCGACGAAUUAUUAGCAGGUGGUCAAGAAUGUUGGGGUGGAUUUUUGGCUCACGCACAUCAGACUCCGAUUCCAUUUUCGAAUAUCUCAUCUAUAACUCCUGGAUUUUCCAUAAGUAAAAUAUUACGAAACAUGGAUGUGGCGCCGACCGCGUCGACGAGCUCGUUUUUAAUGCACAGUUUUAUCGGUUUGUUCGCGGUCGUGGUAAUAUUUGUUUCCGGUUGUCUCGGUAUUCAAUACAUAUUACGUUAUAGAAAGUAUCAGUUGGCGGCAGCAGCAGAAGACGCUGAAUCGACCAACGAUGAUUCUCAAGCAAAUCUCGCGGCCGCAAGAAUUUGGACAAAAUCAAACAGCACGCUUUUAUCGGAAGUAAUAUCACUGCAAAGAUUCAAACCCUCGAAUAAAUACAAACACAGUCGAUUAAGAGAAGAAGAACCGGACGUGGAAGAAGAAGAACAAAUAUCGGAAUCGUCGGAGUCUCAACAAGACGAUAAAAAAACUCCAACGUCGAGUUUAAAAACAUUAAAACCGGAUGAAGAUGACGGAUCUCCAUGUUCUAGUCCUUCACAAUAUAGAAAAUCACAAAUGUCGACAAGAUGUUCGGAAGAUGAAAACAGUCAAAGUCAAACAUAUCUCGAUCGAGACAGCAAUAAAACAAGCCGAUCGAUAUCAUCGUUGGAAACGACGACAGAAAAAACAUCCACGACGUUAGACAAUUUAAACAUCAAACAAGGAAUAAGAAAAUUUUUACAACGUCGUCGUUUAAGUUUGUCGUCAUCAUCAAUUAAAAGCGAAACCACUGAUUUUUAUUCUCCUUCGUCGAGCGUGAGAAGCAUAAACAAUAGAAAUCCAAAAGCUAAAAAAGAUAAAAAAAAUUUAGAAAAACUAUUGGCGGGUUCGGAAUUUAGUUUAUCAGAAGAUGCGGAUUUAGAAUUGGAUUAUUACGAUUAUAACGUACAAAAUGCUUCCGCCGUCCCUGAUUCAUACAUUGGAAUGGAUCCGGCAUAUUUGUCGAUUGGGAAGAAGAAGAAGAAGAGGAAGUGGAAGAGAAAGAGGAAGAAGAACGAGAGGAAAAAGAAAAAUUUUUAG